GCUAUGUCUCGCGGUGAGCAGGGCACGUUCUACUCCAUGGUUGCCAUUCGCCCCACUCGUCGUAACCGCGCCAUCGCCGCUCCGUCUCCGUCAACUCCGCUGUUCCAUCCAUCCAUCUCCGUCUUCCCCGCGUCACUUGGCCAUCAUCUCCGCACGUCUCAGCCAUGCCUUCCCCGACCAUGGAAUAGCAUAGCGAUUCAGAUGCCAACGUGAGCGGAGCUUUGGGCCGUGAGGGAACAAACAUGGCGCAUAGAUAUCCCCAUUGCCCCCACUACGUGUCCCUCGUGGCCCCCUUCCUUCCUUCUCCUUCGACGCCUCUGGGCCUGUUGUCCUUCGCCACCGGCAUCUUCCUCAUCUCCAUCCUGGGCGUGCACGCGCGUGGCAUCCACACGCCCAAUAUCCUAGUUGGUGUUCUCAUGUUCUUCGGCGGCGUUUGCCAGUUCAUUGCCGGCAUCAUGGAGUUUGUCACGGGCAACUCGUUUGGCGCCACAGUCUUCCCCUCCUACGCUGCUUUCAACUUCAGCUACGCGAUGAUCUUCAUCCCCGGCACCGGCAUCAUCGCCUCCUAUACCGACCAGGCCACUGGCGAGCUGUCCCCAGAGUUCUACGGGGCACUGGGAAUGUACGUGUGGGCUUGCUUCAUCCUGACCGUCAUCUUCACCAUUGCCGUCGUGCGUAGCUCGUGGAUCUUGUCUCUGACCCUUUUCGUUCUCGCCGUUGAGUUGCUCCUGCUCGCCGUUGGCUACAUGCUAGCCAAUAGCUCGGUGUUGAUUGCAGCCAACUCGAUCGGGUUCAUCGUCGCCUUCCUUAGCUACUGGGCUGGAUGUGCCGGGUUGUGGGCCGGCGGACUGACACCGAUUGAGCUGCCAACCUUUCCAAUGUACAAGCAAGGUAGCCAAAGCGUGAAGAAGGAAUAG